CACACUACACGCUCCCGUUGGCCGACCGCGGGGGUGUCGAUCAUGGAAACGCCUUCAUCAAACUCUUUGUUAAAGCCUCGUCUAAGGCUUCUCCGCCGUACACCAAGUCCUCGUGCCCAGCUGGAAAGUAGUGAUAUGGACUUCACCCCAGUUGCGGUUCCCUCCUCCGCGCGUUCACAGUUCAAUGUUCUCGACGAUGAGGAUGAUAAUCAACCUACUCCUCGUAUGCCAAUUAAGAACAUCGCUUCUUCUUCUACCAGCUAUGGCCCAAAUUCUGAAUUUGGUCCAUCUACUUCUUCUGCGAUACCCUCCGAUACUCCUGCAGCACGUCUCCGUGCUUUGCUAGCACGGACAUCAGAUUCCCCAACCGGAAGAUCUCCUCCUACAAGACUCUUUACACACACAUCAGAAGCGGAUACUGGCUCUGUAUCAUCUCGUUUCACACCUGCCACUCCGAGCGUUACUCGGGACAGCCUGAAGGAUUUGUUCUCUCAUGCCAGGCGUGAGCCUGGGGACACGCCACAGAGGUCCAGACAUCGUAGAAACAGUUUUGACACUAGUGAGAUGGACAUUACCCCCGUUGUUGACCGUGAAAGGGAACAGCAUAAGGGCAAAAGGAAAAGUCUCAGUGACGAUGAGGUUGAUAAACCAAAAUCUAGCAAGGGGUCCGAAUCGUCAUUCCGAUCUUCUCAUGCAGCAACAUUUGACACCCUUCGUACACGCCUCAUGUCUUCCCACUCGCAACUCCUCGAUCAAAAUUUACCUACCGCGGUCUAUGACGUUACUUCCCAACCCUCCGAAACAGGUUCAUUACUUGCACAUGAGCCUAGUGUGGACGAACAUGCUAAUGCUAAUCCGGCUUUAUUACGGCCACUCGACUCCUCUUGGUUAUCACCUCCAAUAAGUGCAGCUUCACCUCAUGGGACCUUCCAAUUACCUUCCCAACUAGCAUCUCACUCUAAUCUCCUGGAUCAGGACUCGGAGAUGCAGCACGCUAUGAAAGAUCUCGAUACCUCUGAGGAUGCGUCAGCACCGACGCCUGGCCCAAGCACGCGCCGCCCGUCAACUACUCCGUUGCGGCCGCGCUCCUCCCUAUCGUUGCGCGGAAGUUUGCGACAUGAUCAAUCUCGGCGUGCCAGUCUGGAGUUGCCAGAGUCAAGGGCGAGCUCGUCCCUUUCUGAUGCUGAUUUCAAAGAGCAACAGCACUCUCGUGAAGAAGACCGUAUGCAUCAACGCGAACGCGAGUGGAACCGUCCAAAAGCACCAUCACGUUCAGUUACCCCUGAGCUGCAUCACCGGCACUCGCUGGAGUUCCACCGACGCCACUCUCAAGAACUGCCUUGGACAUCGCCCUCUCAUGUCAAGUCUCUUUCGAACGGAGGAGCCAUAUCAAGAAGUGGAUCACCGCUCAGCGGCAGGAAUCUGCAUAGACGGGGUAGCGUUACGUCGCUUCGUAGUUUUGAUGAUGAUCAAAGCUCUAGGCCAAGUUCCAGGGGUUCGCAGGCGGAUUAUCGUGAUGGGGUGUCCGAGCUUGACAAAGAUCGCUACCUUGAGCGUGAACGUGACUGGAAUAAGCGACACCCACCGCCUCGACCAUCUUCAAGCCUUAGCUCACAUUCAAACCACUCCCACACUCACCCCACUCGACCUCCGUCGGCCACGCCAUACUCGACGCCGACGCUUGCAUCCCUUCAACGGCAAGCUUCCAGCGCUCGACUAUCGGGCGCCAGCUCACCUGCCAGCUCACUGGCUAGCCAUGACUCAUUAAGAGAACCGGAAGAACCGGAAGAACGAGAGGUAACGCAUGAACGAGAGAGAAAUUGGAACUCGCCACAGCCCAAGUGGAGCACGGAGAGGCAUCAUAGCCAUGGCAGCAGUGGAAAUGAGGUUACAUCCGCAAGUGUUCAUCUUUCCCAAAGCAAGAGCGGGAGGAGUUUGCGUGCAUCUUCCAGUUUACCUCAUCUGACUCCGGAGGCUCAGCGCAAGGGCUCACCGACGAUUGUGAAGUCGCAUUCUCACAAAGACAAAUUGGAUUCAGCGCUCGACGUAUCAACGCCCAUUCAUCCGCCUCAGCGUGCAGCUCCCUCGUCUCCUCGAACCCAUGGGGACAAGGGUGAAUCUUCACCACGUACCUCACCAUUUAAGGGCUCUGCUGCCGCUUCAAGAUUUGGCUGGCAUUUUCCGCGGACUCGUCAGCUUCCCCCUCUUGAUCUGGAGAAUUCACCCGAUCGACCUGGACGUAGCAAGGAGCCUGAUUCCUCACAUAAUCACAUGCGGACCACCUCUUCGCCAUCACCAUCGCCAAGCUCUCGCCCAUCCAGCCGGGCAUCGGGUGUCAUUAAGUCGAGCUCGAUUCCAGUUCGCUCAACAUCCAAGAAGAAUGGUUUUUUCAGCAGCGGCAAUUUUGCUUCUUCUACUCCUAAAGUCACCGAUGAAGAGAAGUUCAAAAAAGGUCAUCGCAAGCGGUCGACGGAGUUUACUGAGUCAGUGGGCAGUAUCCAUCCUCAGACUAGCAUGUACGGUGCAUUUGGGGACGAGGAUAUGGUCUUAGCGAGCGAUGAGGAAUCUGUGUCAGAGUUUGCUCCGCGAUCCACCACUCCGGACAUACGAUCAUCGAAGUCUUUCCCCGACGAUGCUCCCAGCGAGACAGAGACAGAGGUUCUGGUGUCUCCACCAUAUUCGCCACCGAGACAACGCUCACCUGUUCAAUCACCUCGUGGCGCUUCUUCCAAUGAUGAAGCACGUCUUCACAGAGCUCUUGCCUCAGCUUCAGCGACCUCGUUCCGACCUCUUACUCCUGACUCUCCAUUAAGCACUUCUCAUACCCAAGAACAGACGACGCCAACAUCCUUCACUCCUCCGGGGAGCCCACCCUCCUCUACUCCUCCAGGAACCCCACCACUGGCCAGUUCCACCCCUCAGGAUGGACGUUCUUCUGAAGCCAUUCCCACCUUUGCGCUCACGACUCCACCACGUCGUCUUUCGUCAAGCACUUCCAUUCUUGACUUCCGCACUCCAUCCCCUCCACAUGACCUCUCGAAUCUUUCUGCACUACCUUCGUCAUCUGAGGAUGAGGUAGAGACACGCGAAGCGGAUGUCACUCCCGUACGAGUGGAUGAAAAUGGCCUUGCCAAUCCAAACUACACCGCGAUGAAAACCCCGAGACCUCCUGGAGCCUGGGCUGCCACACCCGUACCCCCCAAGCACCCGAGGGAAGUAUCGCCACCUCCUACCCCGUCUGAGUUGACUCCGACUGCGCCUUCGUCAUCGACGCCUCUGCCUCGAGCCAACUCUGAACCCGAGCGCAAUUCGAAGCCUGAGGCCCCAGCAAGCAAUGGACUGCUCACGCCAAUACCUUCUCUAUCGCGUGCUAACUCACUUCCUUUACGCACCCCGGCACCCCCAGGUGCAUGGAUGUCAACCCCGAACCAACCUACAACUCAGAAUGGAUCAGCCGAUCAAUCCCAAUUUGGUUCCAUCGCAAGGAGAAAGAGCAUUCUCAAAGUGCGCUUUGAUGUCACGGAAUCGGAGGCGUCAACUGCUGAAGUUGACAAAUCGCCUUUGUCUUCUGUGCGUGUAUCUGCGCCUGACUCUCUGCCUAAUGGUCACGCACGACGGGCGGAAAACGUCCCUCUAAAGAUAACGAAUGGUUCUGCUCAAGGGAAUGCCGUACGCGAUCCGGUGUCAGCCAAGCCUGUUACUCCUGAGCGCUCUACAACACCCGUAUCUCGUGCCAACGCACCAUCACCACGUUCACUGAGAAAAUCUCCCAGCGUGAAGGUUGUCGAUGCAUUCGGUCGAGAAAGGAUUGACGACCUUCCGACACCGGACAACGCCCAGGAUAUGGCGGAUGGGCGCGCAGAUGCAGAAGACGCAGUUCGCCCAUCGUCAUCAGUUGAAACUCCUCGUACUCCUCGUACCCCAAACAAGAGUAAUAUUCGCAUUGUCGAUGCGAUGGGAAGAGAAAUUGAGGAAGAAGCUGUUCGUGUGAUCGAACCCUUAUUCGAAGAAGAGUCAUUAGUCUUGCAUGAUGAUUCACCCAUUGGUCGCACUGAAACCCUGGCUCAAAUGCGGCAAACGCUCCGGGAGUGGGCUGAUGGGCUGAGUGAUGGAGACAGGUCUGCUGAUGAUCUCGCGUUGAACACGAGCCACCUUAAAGAACUCGAAGAAGUUUCGAGGGCAGCGCGGCAUGCUCGGAAUCAAUUGGCUCAGACCCUUCGUGUUGAAUCGAUGAAAGAGCAUGACUUAAGGCACAGAUAUACCAAGGACGCCGUUAGUGGAAGUGGGCUUUUGCCGACUAUCGUUGGCAGCAACAGUUCUUUCCACCGUGGUCUGGUUUGGCUUGGAGUUGUGGUCCAAAUCGUAUUCUUCCUUGCUAUGUGGCGAUUUGCACAUGUCCAAGCCCACCGACUUUUUCAUACCGUCUAUUAUGAUCCUCUAUACCCAGAGUUGAAUCCCUUACCUGGACGCUCCCAUCAAUUCUCGCCGCCUUACCCCUCGUUCCCAUGGUCACUCUCAAGUGCUUAUGAGAUUGUGAUAUACGAAGGAUGGACAGCUUUGAAGACGGAGCUACAGGGCACUGUGCGCCGUAUUGGUGAACAUGCUUGGGAGAGGUGGGGAGAACGCCCUUACGCCGUCGGGACAUGGCCACCUACGUGACCAUUAUUAUGAUGCUGCACGUUAUCUAUAUUUCAUGAUAUUUCUAUAGUACCGUCGAGAAAUUUGGUUGAAUGUUGUCUAGUACUAGUAUUUCAUUUCUCUUCAUGAAUUUCAGGACUGCAAUGAUCCGCGAUGAAACCCUUCUUUUUGGAGCUUGCUGAGUGAUA